AUAGGUAAUCUAGAUUACUCAUUCUAACUAAGGUUGUGGAAGUGAACACAUUCUGAAAAAAUCAUCUCAAUAUAAUAUCUAAAAGUUAUCUAGAAGUUCAGCUGGAGGUAGUGAUGUUCGUGCUCGUUACCACACACCAUGUUUUUACCAGUUCCACAUAAGUUGAUAAAAAAAUUGGAAAACAAUCAUUUUAAGAUGGAGAUUACAACAAUUCAGCUUGUAAAUCAAUCCAUCAUUGCAAGGAAUUUUGAUUCUUGAAUUUGAAUAAGAAUUAUUAGUUUCAUUUGUGAGAAAUGAAAAUUUUUGCCAAGUCGUAUAAUUUACGUGUUUAGAAUAUUAUUAUAUUCUAAGUAUUUUAUCAAGUGUUAACACUUGAGUAUUAAUAUUCGCGAUAAAAAUAUGAAAUCUUGAUGGUUUCACAAUAAAUGACAAAUAAAAUUGGGAAGUGACCAACGAAAAAAAUAUUAGUGGACAUGAGAUCUAUUCUAACGGAGUACAAAAGGAAAACAAAAAUUUAAACAUGCCAAAUUUACGUAAAAAAGUAGUGGGUUUUAUGCGUCAAUUAUCAAUAAGCAACUUGACGGCUGCUGUUGAAAGUAUUGGUCAGAAUGACAAUUCUUUACAUUCACCCAGAUCAGGUGGAUGUUUUGUCACACGAUACUUGGAUGGUCAAGAGGAAAAAGUUGAAGGACCGAUAGUCUUACAUGGAAGAAAUCCAGAGGAAUUGCCAUCUAAAACUCUUGAUAAAAUUGAUGACAAUGAAGAAGUUUUUGCAGCAUUAACUGGACCUGAUAGAGGUCUGACGACAGUUAAUCUUGAACAGAAGCAUUUAAGUAUCAGUGACCCGGAUGUGGACUACAUUGAUAUAUUAGAGCAAAAUGAACAGCAAUCAACAGUUAAUUCCUCGAUGGAUUGUAUAUUUUCCAUGGCACACAAUCGUUGGUUAUUAAUCCGUACCAAUGGAUCGUGUCCAAUUGAUAAUAGUUCUAUAAAAAUUCGUGCUGCUGGAAAAUUAUAUGAACCUGAUCACAAAUACACCAAUGACAAUGAUUCAAAUCACCAUACCAAAUCAAAAAUUGACAGUCAAACAAAUGUUAUCAAUAUUGACUCUUCAGACAAAAUAGAUGACUCGAAAAAUUCUAAUUUUAAACUUGCCAAUAAUUCUGAUAAGGAUUCUAAAAACACUAAAAAAUCUGGAAAUGUUCGAUUUCAUAUUAAAACCUAUAACAGUAUUAAUAUUAUCAAUAAUUCGCCAGAUAUCUCUAGCACCAAAAAUAGUAUUCAAAUCGAUAGUGUCAGUGAUAUGACUAAUAAUUGCUACUAUGAAAAUUCUGACUCAUCUGGAAAACAUGAAGCCUUUGAAGGUUCUGAAGCAUCAAGUGAUAGCAUUGAUACCUCAGACAAUGAUAAAAUUUUAUUGUCACCGGUGUCUAAUAAUACUUUGGACGAUCUAGACAACGACAAGAUUGAUAACGAUAUUAUUAUUGCACCUCCCAAGGAAUUCGCUACUGAAAUGAUUCCACUCAGGAAAUCAAAAAGUGCACCUGCGCCCUUCAAAAAUGCUCAUAAAGAUUCUCUGACAAAUCUGGAGAUUGCAGGUGUCAAAAAUUGGUUUUUACCUCAUGAUCUAGCAUAUGGAAUUGCCACAACUUUAUACGAAAAAAAUCCAACAACUGAUAUUAACAAUGGAGAACCCAUUGCUGAUUGUUUUGGAAUUGCUGCCAGACCAAACGCUGCCAUUUUAGCACUAGCCGAUGGUGUUAAUUGGGGUCCUAAAGCUAGCUUAGCUGCUAGAUCUGCUGUUCAUGGAAGUAUGGAGUACUUGAAUAAAGCAUUAUUUUCAUCGCCAUUGAAUUGUGGCAUUACAACGACAAGAGAUGUUUUUAUAGCCUUAUUACGUUCCUUCCAUGCUGCACACUCAUUAAUUCUUCAAGAACAAGGGAUGCUCACGACUUUGACUGUGUGUGUUAUUUUACCUCUCACGAAGCCCUCCGAUAAUAAUUCACAGUUGAAGAAGUAUGUCGCCUGUACAUGCAAUGUUGGAGACAGUCUUGCAUACGUUUAUUCCAAAAAAACUGGUGUUAGAGAAAUAACUAGAGGCUCUCACGAUAUUUAUUGUAUGCGUGAUAUGCGUGAUGCACUUGGUGCACUUGGACCGGUUGAUGGAUGUAAUCCAGAAUUAAAUAACUUGACUUUAGCUAUGACUGAAGUUGAGAAAGGAGAUAUUGUUUUUCUUACUAGUGAUGGGAUCUCAGAUAACUUUGAUCCAGUUGUUGGAAAGUUUGCAGUUUUGCCAAAUACUAAUACUAAUAGCAAUCACAAAGCUGGACGAAGUGAUGGAUCACAAAUCAAAAAUACUAAAGUAGAAAGUAAUAGAAAUUAUAGUACUCAUAGUAGUAAUAGCAAUGGUUUACCCAUAGUCCAAGCUUAUCAAAGGCACGAAUUAACUCUAUUAAGAAUGGAAGAUUUGUUGAGGUGUGGAGUUUCUGGUAAUGGUCCACCGUGUGAUAGUGCUAAAAAACUAUGCGAAUCACUUCUUGAUUUUGCAGUCAGAAUUACGGCAGCUAAAAGGAGAAUUCUAGAAGAUGCUGACCUAUAUUACGAUCAACAUAAAAAUGGGCAGUUAAUUCAGUUAUCAAAACCAGAACAGCGCUCACGAAGAAAGAAAAUACUUGAUAAAAUGUCAAUGGUCCCUGGAAAAUUAGACCAUGCAACAGUAGUUGCUUAUGUCGUAGGCGCAUUCCAUAAAACAGACAAGAAACAAAACAAAUAGUGAUAGAAGAUACUUUUUAUAUACUUUUUCAAACACAUUUUAUAUUGUUAUUAUGGAAUUCGUAGAGACGUAGAAUACACUGUCCAAUUAUUUUACAGGCUAUAAUUCAUUAGCCUAGUGUAAAAAUGGAUUCUAUGAAAUUGAAGCGAUGCUGUCCGAUACAUUUUUAAUUUUAAAAAUAAUUCAUAUUUUUCUCAUAAAAAUUAUUUUUAUGUUCUUUUCUACUUUAAGACAUUUUUAUUCUGGGCUAAGAAUUAUUAUAAAAACAACAUAAGAAUUUAUUCUUACUAGUAACAAUAACAUGAAUAGUUAUAACAUUACUAAUAUUAGUAAUAAUUAAAAAGACCAUUUAAUUAAUGCCAUUAAACAGCGAAAGGGAAUUGAUUUUCACUUACCAUUGGUUAAUCCGAAUUUUGUAUUAUAUUUUUGUAGACAUUCCGUCUAAUGAUAGUAUAUUGAAGUACGACCAUUUUUUAUUUGACCUUACAUUUUUGUAAUAUUUUUUUAUAUUAUACACUUGUAUAAA